AUGUCUGUGUCUAGUGGUAAUAUUACGGGUAAUUCCGGAUUUGCACACGGACAGCAGCAAUCAGCGAAGUUUCAAAUGAAUGGGCAGUCUAAUAGUGGGCCCAACGAUUCAAGACGAAAUAAUAGAAGAAGAGGACCUUCAGGGAACAAUAACAACAAUAGUAAUAAUAAUAAUAAUAAUAAUAAUAACAACAACAACAACAACAACAACAACAACAAUACUAACGGUAAUGGUGGUUUUAGUAAUAAAGACAGCAGAAGGUUAAGGUCGAAGACAUCUAACGACAAGAGGACCCCUCCCGCCAACAACUCCAUCAAUAGCUCUUCCGCUAAGAACAGCAACAGUAUCAGCCUACAAACCCAGGACGAUGACCAGUACAACACCAUAAAAAAAGUCAUUCCCAAGCAGAAGCCCGACCAAUUGCAGAAUUACACUGCUCUGGAGAUAGAACUCACUGGUCCAAUAUUUCCCAAUCCAUCGCAACUUGGUUUCCGCCAACAACAGCAUAAGAGUCGACCUAGGCCCAUCCCCAAGUACCUCAUGCAUCAGCCACGACUUCUUGUAACCCCACCCUUGUUCAUAGACCCGUGGGAUGCCAACAACCAACAAAAAAUGCUCUCCAUGGAGCAGGCAGCAGGUGGUAAGGACUCUCAGAGUUUGUACGAAGAGUUUCAGAAAAUGAGAGACGUAGAACGUAAGCAAAUGGAAGUGUUGGGCCUUGUGGAUGCUGAGAACGUAAGUAAGGAUCUUACCGAUGCCAUUCAUUUCCAGGGUUCAUGUUUGGAGAUGUGUCCAAUUUUCGAGAGAGUAAGGAGAGCACUUGAAAAUAAUGUCAAAAACUUGGAAAGAGACCCAGCCACAGGAAAGAUCAGUCGUGAAAGGGCCAUCAAGGCAUUCAGCAGACCUGCUGCAGGACAACCACCUCCAUUACCAUCUGAAGUGAGACCCCCGCAUGUCCUUGUAAAUACAUUGAACUACUUAGUGGACAAUUCCCUCAGCUUACUCCCAGAAUCUCACUCAUUCAUUUGGGACAGAACGAGAUCUAUAAGACAAGAUUUCACAUAUCAGAACUUUUUCGGACCUGAAGCAAUAGACUGUAACGAAAAAAUCGUAAGAAUACAUUUACUUUGUUUGCAUGUAAUGGCUGGUGCAGCUUCAGAGGGAGGCGUGGAAUAUUCUCAACAACAAGAAUUGGAACAAUUUAAUAAAGCCCUUCAGACGUUAUUAGAAAUUUAUAAAGAUAUUCGUAAUCAUGGUGGAGAAGCUCCCAAUGAAGCAGAAUUUCGUGCAUAUUAUCUUUUGUCACAUCUUCGAGACCCAGAACAAGAGAGAGAAAUACAACAAUUGCCAAACCAUAUUAUUAACGACCCCUUCAUUCAAUUGGCACUAUUAUUCAGAAACUUAGUUUGUCAAAGCAAUAUAGUUGAGAGAGGUUACCACAAUACUGUUGGAUCACUUCUGUUGUUCGAAGAAUUUUUCAAGAUUGUUAAGUCAAAGCAGGUGCCCUUCUUGAUGUCUUGCCUUCUUGAAACUCAUUUCAAUGAGAUCAGAUUCUACGCAUUAAAAAGUAUGUCUAGAAGCUAUCAUACCAAAAGUAAACCCUACCCAGCAGAAAAACUCCAAAAAUUCCUUGCAUUUGAUCAUUUAGAGCAAUUGAUCAAAUUUGUGCAAUACUAUGAAGUGGAUAUUAUCAAUGAUAACCAAGGAAAAGUUCUUGUGGACUUGUUCAACAAGGAUAAGCUAGAAACUGUCUACAAAUUGAAUUCAAUUCAUGAUAAACCUAAAUUGAGCCCAGCAUAUACAAGAGCAUUCGACGAGAAGUUUCUGAUGCAUGGAGGGAAUGGGGGGAAUAUAAGAGCAUUGAUUGAUAGUGGAAAGAGUAAUAAUGACUUGAAGUUAAAAAGUGCCAGUACUAUAAGAAAGGUGUCAAAUAGGCCAGCAUCCAGCUUGGUUCCGCCUACUUUGCUUGCUCCUCCUACAUCAUUACCAUCUUUCCUGGCCGUCCCUCUCUCUUCUAAUGUAGGAACUAAAUCUUUAUCAGAUUUCUUGAAUUCGGGUGCCAAUAAAUCUGGCUCAGGAGGGGGGUUUGGCUUCGGUAAUACUACAGGUGGCUCCUUUGGCGCUAAUACUCCAGUUUCGUUUGGAAAUGCUGUUAUAUCUGGAACAGGAGCAACAGACAAAGCUCUUGCUAAUACGUUUGGGGAGAAAGGUAAGCCUGCAGAAUUUUCAGUUCCUGCUAAAUCUACUCCUCUAGAUAAUGUUGCAUUUAAGAACAGUAUUAGAGAGAGCUCGCUCAAACCCGACAUCGUAAGCAUAUCAAGUCCACCUGUUGGUAAUAAUUUUAGAAGUUCUGGCCAGCCUGUGCCAUUAUUUAAAUCUGACUCAGCUAAACCGAGCCCUAUAUUUGGUAAUAAGGAAUUCGUUCCGCCUCCAAAUCCCUCUAUUUCUACACCGCCAUCAUUCAACUUCAGUAAGCUGAGUACUGAGACGACAAAACCACUUCAUAGCCGUGAGGAGGCAACUAAUGCGACAAAACCUAUACCAAUUCCACCUACAGCCACUUCCAAUACAUUAGCUCCAACCCCAAACACAAUUUCACAACCCCCAAAGGCUCUCCGCUUAGUAGAAUCAGUCCACUAUGCCGCUGCAUCCAAUCAAAUCUACCAAGACUUACUAUCAAACGUUAUUGAAUCUGAGCUAGGUAAAAUACUACCUAAAUUCGUAGAACAGCUGAAUUCAAAUAUUAGAAAUGCAAAACUCAUUCAGACUACUAGAAAUGAAGUGUUUCAAAAUUUACUAGAUGGAUUAGUGAAAUAUAAAUUGCUUGAAGUACAAGCAGACCAUUUUUAUCAAAAUUCAUUGCGCAAGAAAUCGGCAAAGCUACUUGUCAGAAAAGGGAAAGAUACGAGGUCUAAAGCCAUGAUGAAGGAAAGAAAAAGACAGGAACUUCAACUGAUUAAAUUCACUGGUAGUUCCAGACUGAAUAAAAGACAAAAAUCUGCAACAUGUUCUCCAAGCUCUGAUUCUUCCACAAGCAAUAUUGUCGCACGGAAGAGAAUAAAAUUAAACUCCAUUUCUCCUUCAUAUAUAGACGAGACACAAAAGUCUGUUGAAAAGUUAUGGGAGCCAAUUGACCUCAAAGCAUUUCUUAAUAGAAUCUCCUCCAAAAUUAAGAUUAAAUUGGAAAGUAAAGACAUUGAAUUUAACUUUUUAAUUCUUGUUGAAAACUGGGAAUCUAACUAUUCCAAAUGGUUGAACAAUAAACUAGGUAUGGUUGCUAACCGAGAAUUAUUGUGCUAUGAGAAGAUUUUGGCUUCUGAUAGAUUAAAAUUGAAGUUUACUAGUUUACCUCCUGGUAAUUACGAGUCAAAGAAAUUUUUCUCCAAAUCACCGUUCAUUAUAUUUGAGUGCGGAAAGACCAUUGACUCGUCCAGUUCCAUGUCUGAAAAGUUGCAAGCAGAUAAAGAAAAACUACUGAAGUUGGUUAAAUUGCUUAAUGGGUAUAGCUUUUACAAAGUUCAGUUAGUUUUGAUUUUUUGGGAUUGCACUGGGACCGCUGGCAAUGAUACUGAAGAGAUUUUGACAGAAUUAGAUAUUGAUUCACUUAAACAGGAAGAUUGUUUGCAAAGUGUUGAUUUAAUUGAUAUGACGGAUAAUCAAGAUAUCAAUGAGAAGUUAGAUAAAGUAUUCACUAACCUUAGCUCUGGAUUCAAGGGAGAGUUGACUACAAAGGGCCAAAGGAAAAUUUCCAAGUUGAAAAAGAGAAUGAAUGACAAUAACACCCAAAGACAAUCGGUUCCAACGCCUUCCGACGCUACUAUAUCUACAGUUGACUACGACUUAAAAGAGCAAGAGCAAUUAUCGAAAGCAAGGGCCCUACGUAGGUACGAUUACCUUUCAAAGCAUAUUUCUAAUAGCAACUCAUUCGCUAACUCAACAAACACAUCCUUUGUUACUGCAUAUAACAUAUUCCCAGGCUCUGACACUACAAGGAAUGGUGGUGGUGGUGGCGCUUACAAUACUUCACAAUACUUCCCCAAUACCUUUCUCAACAAUAGUACAUUCAAUGACUCCACAAUGAUCAACCCCAAUGUAUCGAUAUUGGGUGGGUUUGGUAAUGGUAUAGUGGGUGAGAGCACGCCAUUCAGUUCGCCUGGAAAAAAUAAAAUCAAAAAGCCUACCUUGGGUAAUAUCCCCAAGGGUUUGCUAGAGUUGAAGGAACUAACGCAGGGGAUAAAGAAAAAAUACAACAGAAAGUGA